GGGCGUGUCGUAUAACGUCAGACCCGGAAGUGAUGUACAGUCAGCAGACUGAAGGGAAAACAACAACAUCAGAGUCUCCGUUUGUCUGAUUACCGGAGCUCCCCCCGCGAGGACUCACCGACCUCAGUUACAGAGCUUCCCCGGCGGAGGGUGAGCAGCAGGCGGCCGGAGAUGUGGAUCCACCCCGAGGAGGUGCUGCUGGCCGGGGCGCUGUGGGUGUCCGAGCGGGCCAACCCGUUCUUCAUCCUGCAGAGGAGGAGGGGGCACGGCCGGGGAGGGGGGCUGUCCGGUGAGUCACACACAGACCACUACAGACCGUCAGGGUCCACUAUAGACCACCACAGACCACUGCAGACAACCUUAGUCCACUACAGACCAUCAGACCCCAUUAUAGGACCACCACAGUCCACUACAGUCCAGUCUGUAGACCAGAACACAGACGAUCCAAAUCCUCUUCAGACCGUCAAAGUCCACUACAGACUCUCAAAGUCCUCUUGUAGACCUAUUGACAGUUGGUCCUGGUCUACAAGAGACCACCAUAGACCACGACAGACUUCUUCCUGCAUUACAGACCAGUACAGUCCACCAAGAACCAUGAUAGUCCACUAUAGACUGUCCAAGUCCAUUAUAAACCACCACAGUAGGGGAGACUGGGGCUUGUUGUCACACGGGUAAGUUGUAGGGAUGUAAUGAUUACCGGGGAAAUGUCUGAUGGGUAAGGUCCUCACACGCCGGGGCCGACGCGAAUACAGAACGCGAAAUUAUGAAAUAUUUUCAGAGGCGAAUUUUGACGCGCCUGACUAUAAACAUUCACGGGGAAAGUCCCGCCUCCUUCGCCUCUGAUUGGCUAGAAAAGCUGGAAACAUCAUUACACGCUAAAGCCAAACAGUCAGCACUUCUAGCCAAUCAGAGGUGAUACGAUAACCACAUGAAACCAUGGUAACAACCGUUAGCUUACGUUAGCACAGAUGAAAGUUCAAACAAAGACGUUUAUCAAACUGUUGAAGCUCACAAACCAUCGUCAGAUGAGAAAUCCGACGCUAUGACUCUCCACAAGUCGUCCUUGAGGUCGUUUUCUUUGUAAUGUUUGUGAAAACGAUCGUAAACAAUCAGCCGGUCGGCCAUGUUGGAUAUACCGGUGAAUCAGACGUCGCAACAACACGAAAUCUGAUUGGUCAGAAGUGAACACACAGUAUGCGAAACUUUAGAAAAAUCGACCAUGAUCGGGAAAAAUAAAUGCCACAAUAUCGCAGGACGGGAAAACGUCGCUGAUGUGAACGAUUGUGUUGACAGGAUACAGGUUCGAAAAAAAUAUUGACAUCUGAAAUAAUCACAAUAAUUCCAGGUGUGAAAGGACCUUUAGACGUCGAGUCCUGGAUGGUAGACAAGUGUUCGCAGCUAAAUUAGGACCAAACUCAGGUUUUAGUAAUCGUACAGGUCCACAGAAAGAGAAACUGGAUCAAAAACUCUGAGCUCUAUCAUCGUUCCAACAUUACGGUCCCCAUUGGUGGAACAGCCUACCUGCAGACACACCUACUGUUCAUAUUUUUAAAAGUAAACUAAAGACCUUUUUAGUCUGGAUUUUAGUUUGAUUUUGUUUUAAUCUUCUAAUCUGCAUUAAGUGAUUUUACCCUAUUUAAGUCCUAGAGUAACUAUUCUGUGUUUUAUUACCUCUUUUUAAAGAUACUCUCUUAUAUUGUUUGAUUUUAACUGUUUUAUUUCAUUAACUUUUAAGACUUUAUCACCUUUAUCAUAUUUUAUCAUGGUUUUAUGGUUUUAGUCCCAGAUUCAGUGUUUCCUCAUCUUUUUUAAAUGAAGGUAGUGUUUCCUCAGUCAUCUGUGGAAAGUUGAAGAGUCCACCUGAUCUUCUGUGUGAGUGUGUGAGAGUGUGUAUGUCUUCAAGGGGGGGGGGGGGGUUCUGUAUUUUUAUUUAUUUUGCUAAAUUGUUUUUUUAAUAUCCUGCAUGAACGGACAGAACUUUGUGCUUCAUUCUGUGUGUGAAAAGUGCUUUAAAAUAAAGUCUGAUCGAUUGAUUGAUUGAUUGAUUGAUUGAUUGAUUGAUUGAUUGAUUGAUUGAUUGUCACAAUAGUCUGUUAUAGUUCUCUACAGACUCUCAUGGUCCACAAUAGUCUGCUACAGUCCACCUCAGUCUGGCCCAGUUCUGGUCUCUCUGAGGUUCUUGAUCCCUCGUAGACCAGUUCAGUCCAGCAGAAGUUUAUUUCUUAUAUUUUGGUCACAUCUGGACCUGAAGGUCUGUGAGGUCCUGGAGAAGGACCUGGACUCUCUGUGACUCUCUGUGUCAGAGAGGCGGAUUCUGUCCUCCUGGACCAGGUCCUCCACACAAACACAGGAGCUCAUUCAGAGCCGGACUAAUUCCCUCUGAAUGGACCACAGAGCUCCACAGGAAGCUGCUCUGGCCUGAGGUCUCCAGCUCCUCCUCCUCCUCCCCCCUCAGCGUGACUCUCUGACUCACUUCCUCACUCUCAGCUGUAAACGUCUCCAGGAUCUCAUGAGAAACAACCUGAAUGUGCAAAACGGACUCCAGACUGGACCACAGAGUCCUCUUUGACCCAGAACUGAUCCCAGAACCUUUACUGCUCAGAAGGACAGCAGACUGAUCUUUCUUUAGUGCUCCACAUUUUAAAUACACAACCUUUUCUUCAACAAUCAUGAAAGGGUUAACUACGGUGGCCAAGAACUGCCACUGCUGCAAAUAAAAAAAGAAGUCACAACGGAAGUGAACCACGCAAAAAAAAGAAACGGUGCAGAUUUAAAAAAAAAAACACAAGGGAAGUUAACAGCACAAAAAAAUAAUAAUAAUAAACUGCAGAUAAAAAAAAAAAACACAAGGGAAGUUAACAGCACAAAAAAAAUUUCGCCUUAAGUAACUUCUUUUAAAAAAGAAGUAGCAGCAGCACAAAAAAACAGCAUCAACUAAAUUAACAAGAACAAAGUACAAUAAAAAACCUCGGUCUGGACCGUCCUGUCUCUCAGUCUCUGACUCUGCAGACUGACCCUGAAUGGAUCACAAAAACCCUCACAGUCGAGUUUUAGUGGAUUUUCUGCAGGAACACUAAACCCUGAUCCAGAGUCCACGACUGAUCCAGGACCAAAGUCGAGCCGGUCUCAGUUUUCUUUCCUUUCUUCUUUCCCCUCAACAGUAAAAAAACUGUAGUGACUGUUUAAUAAUUAUAAACUCGUGUCUCUUCAUGUGUAUUUUUGUUGUUUUACGUUAAAUCGACUGAAUUUCACCUCCAGAGUUUUUCAGCUCAGAGUCAAAGUUCAAGUUUAAAAGAUCAUCUCAAAGUUUCUCCAACGUCAGAGGACUGAGACUUUAAACCUUCAUGACUGUGUGUGUGUGUGUGUGUGUGUGUGUGUGUGUGUGUGUGUGUGUGUGUGUGUGUGUGUGUGUGUGUGUGUGUGUGUGUGUGUGUGUGUGUGUGUGUGUGACAUCACUGUCAAGUCAAUCUUUAUUUAUAAAACACAUUCAGAAACAAAACUCACUGUGGACAGAGGACGAAACUGACUCACCUGUCCACCUGUCUGUCCUCCACCUGUCUGUCCUCCAACUGUCUGUCCUCUAACUGUCUGUCCUCCUCCUGUCUCUGUCCUCCUCCCAUCUGUCCCUCACCUGUCCCUCCACCUGUCUGUCCUCCUCCUGUCUGUCCUCCACCCAUCUGUCCUCCACCCGUCUGUCCUCCUCCUGUCUCUGUCCCUCCUACUGUCUGUCCUCCACCUGUCUGUCCUCCUCCUGUCUCUGUCCCUCACCUGUCUGUUCUCCACCCGUCUGUCCUCCUCCCGUCUGUCCUCCACCCGUCUGUCCUCCUCCUGUCUCUGUCCCUCCUACUGUCUGUCCUCCACCUGUCUGUCCUCCUCCUGUCUCUGUCCCUCACCUGUCUGUUCUCCACCCGUCUGUCCUCCACCCGUCUGUCCUCCUCCUGUCUCUGUCCCUCCUCCUGUCUGUCCCUCCUCCUGUCUCUGUCCCUCCACCUGUCUGUCCUCCUCCCGUCUGUCCUCCUCCCGUCUGUCCUCCACCCGUCUGUCCUCCUCCCGUCUGUCCUCCACCUGUCUGUCCUCCUCCUGUCUCUGUCCCUCCACCUGUCUGUCCUCCAACUGUCUGUCCUCCUCCUGUCUCUGUCCUCCUCCCAUCUGUCCCUCACCUGUCCCUCACCUGUCUGUCCUCCACCCGUCUGUCCUCCUCCUGUCUCUGUCCCUCCUACUGUCUGUCCCUCCACCUGUCUGUCCUCCACCUGUCUGUCCUCCUCCUGUCUCUGUCCCUCCACCUGUCUGUCCUCCAACUGUCUGUCCUCCUCCUGUCUCUGUCCUCCUCCCGUCUGUCCUCCACCUGUCUGUCCUCCUCCUGUCUCUGUUCCUCCUCCUGUCUGUCCUCCACCUGUCUGUCCCCCUGCAGGCCUCCUGGUCGGGACCCUGGACGUGGUUCUGGACUCGAGCGCCCGUGUGGCGCCGUACAGGAUCCUGCUGCAGACGGCGGACUCUCAGGUGUACUGGAACAUCGCCUGUGGUGAGUCAGCUGACCUGGGAGCGCUGUGAUUGGCUCGAUAAGUGUGUAUGUGUGUGCGGUUAACCCUCAGCUGUGUCUCGCAGGCUCUUCCAGGAAGGAGAUCACGGAGCACUGGGAUUGGCUGGAGACCAACCUGCUGCAGACCAUCUCCAUCUUUGACAACGACGAAGACGUCACCACCUUCGUCAAAGGAAAGAUCUCUGUACGUCACUUCCUGUCUCGCCAUCAUUCCCGGUGUGAUAUGAUCCUGUUUUUGAACGAUGUCACUUCCUGCAGGGCAUCAUCGCCGAGGAGAACCGUCUGAAUCAGGCGGAGGAGCAGGAGGAGGAUUGUGGGAAGUUCCGGGAGGCGGAGCUAAAGAUGAGGCGUCUCUUCGGGAUGCCCGAUGAGGAGAAGUUGGUGAAUUAUUACUCCUGCAGUUACUGGAAGGGUCGAGUCCCGCGGCAGGGCUGGCUCUACCUGUCCGUCAACCACCUCUGCUUCUACUCCUUCCUGCUGGGCAAGGAAGGUACGAGCAGCCAAUCACAGAGGCCGGAGUGUCAUGAUGUCAUCAGAAGAGUGUGUCCUGUUAUUUUAAGUUUGUGUUUGUGACUCCGCCCCCUCGCAGUGACCCUCAUAGUGCAGUGGACGGAGGUGACCCAGCUGGAGAAAAACGCCACCCUGGUGUUUCCGGAGAGCGUCCGCGUGAGCACGCGCACCACCGAACAUUUCUUCUCCAUGUUCCUGAACAUCAACGACACCUUCAAGCUGAUGGAGCAGCUCGCCAACAUCGCCAUGCGCCAGCUGCUCGACAACGAGGCGUUCGCUGCCGACCGCUCGCUGCCCAAACCCAGCAAGACGCUGAAGAACGUGUCGGCGCUGAAAAGGUCUGACCCUGACAGAAACCCAAACCGCAUGUUAACGCGGUGACAGAACCGGGUCACAUGACUCUGUUUGGUUCUGUCAAAAACUCAACGCCUCUUUGUAGGGCUGGGAUGAUACGAUUUUCUCCCGAUUAGAUUCUUCUACGAUUUUUUGGAUGCCGAUUCGAUUUAAAUUCCGAUUCUACGAUAUUGUCGAUUUUCUCGAUUUCUAGUCAGCAUUUUUAACUCCAGUGAAACAUUUCGAGGAUUAUGAUUGUCUCCUGAAUAUUCCAGGAACCGUAUUUCCUAAAAAAAUUCACAUCACAUCUAAGUCAGUUUUUAAGAUUUAUCCCUAAAUUUGGGGAAAAAAACGAUUUUUGAAACAUAAAAAUUGUUAAACAAAAAUUAGCGAUACUUAUGUGAAUCGAUUUUUUCUCUCACCCCUACCUCUACGUACAUUCAGAGCCAACAUGGAGGCAAGGAGGGUAAGGGAGCAGGGAGAGCAGCAGCAAAGACCCCCCCCAAAAAAAAGGAGCAGUCAAGACCACCAGAGUCCAGAACAGGGUUUACAGACUAUAGGACAUUAUACUGCGGAGGUGGGACUGACGCUGUUCUCAGUGCAGGUCUCAUGUGCUCAUAUGAAAGGCUAAGGUCGGUAGAGCAUCAGCAAAGACCUACAGAACAGGGCAGCACCAGGGACCUGUCCUAAAUCAGACGGGAGGAGGCUGAAGACGUGUGAAUAAAACCAGGGUUUGAUAUUUGGUGGAAGGGAACGAGACGAGCUGUCGCCUGAUAUUUCACCACUUCUAGCAACUUUUGACGACAUUAAAGGGAUAUUCUGGUGUAAAAUUAAUUUAGGGUCAAACACACUGUAACACCGAGUUAGAGAUAGAUGUUGCCGACCGCUUACUUCUCUAGUUAUACCAACUUUGUUCUUCCUUGAGCUGCGGCACCCCGCUGUAGUCUGUAAUGGACUGGCCUGAGGUCUCUCUACAAACAAGCGUCUGCUGGAAGAGAGUAGGUGAGUUGUGUUUAGUCUCUUUGUUAAAGAAAUGAGUCAAAGUUAAAAAGAUGUUUGGUGUCUAGUACUAUGGCUGUGACCCUAUAUGUACUAACCUCAGUAGAACAUGGUGUAGUUCCGUUCAGUAACAGAACCUCAUUGAAAAAUUAUCUGAUUUAACUUUACUGUGCUCUUGUUCAUAUAUAUUAACUCGACAGCACAUAAAUCCAUACCUGUUAACAAAAUCAUGAUUUUAUUGAUAAUUCGGCUCAAUAAAAACACCUUCACCUUUUCAUUUAGUCUCUUUGUUAAAGAAAUGAGUCAAAGUUAAAAAGAUGUUUGGUGUCUAGUACUAUGUCUGUGACCCUAUAUGUCCUGUUGAUGAAGUUAGGUGCUGUUCUGAGCAUUAUUUGUGGCUAUAGAGUGGCGUUUUGGUUGGGGGCGUGGCUCUCUGUAUUACUAUCCUGCGGUCGUUACUAAAGUUGGUAUAACUAGAGAAGGAAGCGGUCGGCAACAUUCAUCUCUGGAGGGGGGGGUCUAACUCGGUGUUAUGGUGAGUUUGACCCUAAAUUAAUUUUACAGCAGAAUAUCCCUUUAAAGCCCGGAUGUCUCUGAACGGUGAUGGUGUUCGGUCCCAGUGGUUCUUGUGAUCCCCCUCCCGUUGGUUUGGGCCCCCCUGUCGUUGAAGCCAACAGUUUCUAACCUGGUUUUAAGAUGGACGGUCGUUUUAAACUCGACCGACAGAUGUUCAGUUCGGCUUUUUCUACCUUAGGCAGCUGGAAAAGGUGACGCCACUUCUUUCUGAGACAGUAGUCCACGUCUUCAUCACGUCUCGGCUGGAUUACUGUAACGCACUUUAUCAUGGAGUCAGUCAGUCUUCACUCGCACGUCUCCAGUUGGUCCAAAAUGUGUGAGAGGGAGAACAUCACUCCCACUCAGGCCUCCCUCCUUUUUGAGCUCAUUUUAAUUUUCUUUUAUUUGUUUUUAAAACCUUAAAUGUUCUGGUCCCAUCAUACCUCUCUGAGCUGCUUCACCUCCACGCUCUCAGGUCAGCUGACCAGCUGCUCCUGCAGGUACCGAGGUCUAAGCGGAGGUUCAGAGGAGACGGAGCUUCUUCUUAUGGAAUGACUUACCUCUCCACAUCAGACGAGCUCCUCACUGUCCAUUUUUAAAACUUCUACUCCUUGGCCUUUGACCCGGUUUGAGACGGCGUUUGUUUUAUUACUUUUUAAAAUAUUUAUUGUUUUAUGUUUUGAUGUUCUCAUGUUCAGCUUUGGUUGUCUUUAAAGUGCUCUGUAAAUGAAGUCGAGUUCAUCAGCUGAUGUUUUUUAGCCGGAGCUCGACCUGAACUAACACCGUGCUACGUUUCAUGGAUUUAUAUGUUUAUGAAAAGGACGAUGAGGUCAGAACAUGUGUCUGUUGUCGACCUUUGACCUGAUCAGCUGUUUCCCGUCUCAGGGAUUUUGACGCGCGUGCGAAGAACGAGCGGUACCGAACGAUGUUCCGGCUGACGCAGGACGAGCGUCUGGACGGACACACGGACUGCACGCUGUGGACGCCGUUCGCUAAGAUGCACGUGGUGGGUCAGCUGUUCAUCUCCAACAACUACAUCUGCUUCAACAGCCGAGAGGAGGACCUGUGUCAGCUGAUCAUCCCGCUCAGAGAGGUAAACACGCUCGGGUGGACUGAUGAUGACGAAGUUUAACGAAGUUUAUUAACGAUGAUUAAAGGAAAUAAAUAGAUAAAUAGAACAUAACGACAAGAUAAUAAAUGAUUUACCCAUCAUCCUCUGCUCCUCAGGUGUCCAUCGUGGAGAAGGCGGACAGCAGCAGCGUCCUCCCGUGUCCCGUCUCCAUCAGCACCAAGAACAAGAUGAACUUCCUGUUUGCUAACCUUAAAGACAGAGACUUCCUGGUUCAACGGAUCUCCGACUUCCUUCAGCGAACGCCCGACAACUCCUGGGGCGACACCAACCCGCUGUCUCUGAUUGGACACUCGGUUGGUUGAGGUCAUUCUGUCAUCAAUGUCAUACCGGUGACACUGCUACUUCCUGUCUGCUGGUUACAGACUCACGCUGCGUCACACCCGAGUUCACAGCGUUUUAGUUACCGAGUCGGAAAAAAGCAAAAUCAGAGGCUGAAACGAGAUGGCUCGGCGAGCGCUAAAAUGACUUUGGUAGAUGUCGCCAUCUUGUUUCCACCUCCGAUUUUGCUUUUUUUACGACUCGGUAACUGAAACGCUGUGAACUCGGGUGUGACGUCAUUUUCAGCUCUGGGGAAACUCAAACGCAGACGUAAUCAGACAGGAAGUAGAAUCCUCCCAGAAUAUUUCUGUUUGAUCGUCGUUUUUUUGUCGUCAGGCGUCGGGAUCUGCAGGGUCGGACUCCGCCCACAAGGGGCAGCAUUUCCACCCUGGUCUCCCUACAGCCAGCCAGGGUCUGCUGCAGCUGUACCACCGAGACGCUCCUGAGGACCUGGGACCCAAAGCUGUGAGUAACAGACCUGAUCUAAAGUCCCGGUACCAUAACAGAACCUGUACCAGGUAAUUCUGGUUCUGUUCUGGUGCCGUUUGGUUCUGUAAACCCUGAUCUUGCUUGCUGGGAAGGUCCCGCCCCCUUCGCCUCUGAUUGGCUGUGAAAAAUUGGUGUAAGUGCAGCUUCAGAUACUCACACUGAUGGAGUAAUCCUCAUCCUCUCACCUGCAGAUGAAGGAGAAGAUGAAGGAGGAGGCGUGGAACAUCCACUUCUCAGAGUUCGGUCGGGGCGUCUGCAUGUACAGAACCUCCAGAACCAGAGAACUGGUCCUGAACGGGAUCCCAGAGCGCCUGAGAGGAGAGCUGUGGCUGCUGUUCUCCGGUCUGUUCACUCAUUCAUCCACACGCUCACUGGUCAUCAUGUGUUCACUAACAGGUGACAUGCUGUGUUCACCCCUCCCCCACCUGUGUUUCCAGGCGCACAGAACGAGAUGGCCGCUCAUCCCGGUUACUAUAGCGACCUAGUGGAGCAGGCGAUGGGGCUGUGCUCAUUGGCUACCGAGGAGAUCGAACGCGACCUGCACCGCUCCAUGCCUGAGCACCGCGCCUUCCAGAACGAGACCGGCAUCGCUGCGCUGCGCCGCGUGCUCACCGCUUACGCCCACCGCAACCCGGGCAUCGGGUACUGUCAGGUAGGUCGACGAAACGGAAAUCAGGAUUCCUGUCGGGAUAAAAGACUAAACUGUAUUUUUUUAAAACCUCACAGUAAGUAAAAUAAAAAAAAACACUGAAAUCUUUUUGAGUAAAAAAAUAUUUAUGACCUUUGUGUGUUUUUUUUAACCUUCAGGCCAUGAACAUCGUCACCUCGGUGCUGCUGCUCUACUGUCCAGAGGAAGAAGCUUUCUGGCUGCUGGUGGCGCUGUGCGAGCGAAUGCUGCCGGACUACUACAACACCAGGGUCGUAGGUCAGUAAGACCAGAGUCACAACAACAUCGAGCGAUGUGAAGAACCGUUCUUUUGACUGACUCUUUAGAAUCCGUUCAUUAAAAAGAUUCGUUCACUGAAUCAGUCCGUGUUUCGGAGCCCCGUCCUGUCGCUGCAGAACACCAGUGAGUGACACAGCGGCGAGUUCGUUCAUUAGCCCCUCCCCUCCCCUGCUGCUGAAGUCACAGCGUCGUUCACCGGGUGACUCAUGUUGCCCUGAGAAACUCACCUCUCUGUGUGUCGCCGUCUGUCGGCGGAAACAACACAGCAGCGAGCAGCACGCCGCUAAACGAGCGCGAGUCGUCGUUCUUUUAUAUGUCGGAAAAGUGGCGAGAUUAAAAAUAAAUAAAGAUGUCAGCUGUAGCGAGGAUUCAGAUACUUUUAAAGAUAUCAAAUAUCGUAUUUCUUUAAAUCGUCUGAAAUAAAAUCUUCUUACAGGAAAGUUUAAACACGUGUUUUAAUGUAAAGACGCCAUAAUGACCUGUUUUAUCUUAACCUCAGUCAACCAACCGCUGCUCAGCAGGAAGUGAACGACGCUACACCCCUCCCUCAAGUCGUUUGGAAGUUGUUUGAUUUGUUCACAGUCUGACUGAUACAUGUCGUUCAUUCGCCGUGAGCAAAUCACGAGACUCCGCCCGCCGGCUCGCUGGCUGCCUGUGUGUCGUUCGCCAAAGAGUCAAAGGCAGCAGUUCCACUCCUGACCGGCACGCCAGGCUGAGAUCAACUGACCUGAGAAAUGAACGAAUCAGGUCUCAGAGUGAUUCAGUUCUUUUGAACGGAUCGUUCAUAAACAACACAACACUAACAACACCGGAGUCACAUGGGGGCUGUUGUUGUUGUUGUUGUUGUUCAUCAUGUCUUCGUUUGUCGCCCCUGCAGGCGCUCUGGUGGAUCAGGGCGUGUUCGAGGAGCUGACCCGGGCCUUCCUCCCUCAGCUGUACGAACACAUGCAGGAGCUGGGAGUCAUCUCCACCAUCAGCCUGUCGUGGUUCCUCACCCUCUUCCUGUCCGUGAUGCCCUUCGACAGCGCUGUUCUGCUGGUUGACUGCUUCUUCUACGAGGGGAUCAAGGUCAUCUUCCAGGUGAGGGAACAUCUCAGACAGGUCACGUGACGUCAGACAGGUCACGUGACACAUCAGGCAGCUCAGUCUGACAGGUAAUAAAUCACAUUCUGCUCUGAAUCGUCCUGCAGGUGGCGCUGGCUGUGCUCCAUGACAACAUGGACGCCCUGAUGUCCUGCAGCGAUGAGGGGGAGGCCAUGACGAUACUGGGCAGGUACCUGGAUAAUGUAGUCAACAAGCAGACAGUGGCUCCGCCCAUUCCUCACCUGCAUGCCUUGCUGACGAGCGGAGAUGAACCUCCACCUGAGAUCGACGUGUUUGAACUCAUCAAGUCGUCCUACGAGGUCAGACACGGCUCAGUCUAAUUCCUGGUCCUUAACCGUCACAGAAUAAUCUCAGGGCUCGUGUCGACGGUUUUUUGUUUUUUUCUUCUUCUCUGGUUAGAAAUUCGGCAGCCUGCGCUCUGAUGUCAUCGAGCAGAUGAGGUUCAAGCAGAGGUUAAAGGUCAUCCAGUCACUGGAGGACACGGCGAAGAGGAGCGUGGUGGGUGACGUUUUCUAACAUCUGUUUCAUCAUCACAGAUUAACCAAUGAGAGCACAGAGCGCUCUGACAUCGUGACUGAUCAUGUUUGACCUUCUUUGACCUUCGCCUUACUGUGUGUGUGUGUGUUUGUUUGUGUGUGUGUGUGUUUGUUUGUGUGUGUGUGUUUGUGUGUGUGUGUCUGAGUGUGUCUGUCUAUGAGUGUGUGUGUGUGUGUGUUUGUGUGUGUGUGUGUGUGUGUGUGUGUGUCUAUGAGUGUGUGUGUGUGUGUGUGUGUGUGUGUGUGUCUAUGAGUGUGUGUGUGUGUGUGUGUGUGUGUCUAUGAGUGUGUGUGUGUGUCUAUGAGUGUGUGUGUGUGUGUGUGUGUGUGUCUAUGAGUGUGUGUCUAUGAGUGUUUGUGUGUGUGUGUGUGUGUGUGUGUCUAUGAGUGUGUGUGUGUGUGUGUGUGUGUGUGUGUGUCUAUGAGUGUGUGUGUGUGUCUAUGAGUGUUUGUGUGUGUGUGUGUGUGUGUGUGUGUCUGUGUGUGUGUGUGUUUGUGUGUGAACAGGUGAGAGCGAUGAUGACAGAGUCGGCCUUCAGUAUUGAGGAGCUGGAGGAGCUGUACUGUCUCUUUAAGGUCAGAAUCAACUGUGUUUAUUAUGGGGGGAGGCGUGGCCUCCAGCAGCCAAUCAGACUGGCCGUUCCACCUGCACAGCCUCCCAGUAAUCUCCUCUUCCUCUUCCUGUUUCAGUCCAAACACAUGACCAGCUGUUACUGGGGGUCCAGCAGCACAGCGGCCGAGCGCCAUGAUCCCAGUCUGCCGUACCUGGAGCAGUACCGCAUAGACCCCGCCCAGUUCACACAGCUGUUCACAGCUCUAGCACCCUGGGUCUGUGGAGGCCACACCCACACGCUGUCAGCCCGCCUCUUCAGACUUCUGGACCAGAACCAGGAUGGACUGGUCAACUUCAAGGAGUUUAUCACUGGACUCAGUAAGUCCAGAUCCGAAACACAACACACAAAUUCUGAGCCGUCUGUACUGGUCUGUACUGGUCUGUACUGGUCUGUACUGGUCUGUUCUGGUCUGUACUGGUCUGUACUGGUCUGUACUGGUCUGUUCUGGUCUGUACUGGUCUGUUCUGGUCUUCGUUCAGUCUCCUCAUGUCUUCUGUUCCUACAGGUGGGAUGUAUCAUGGAGACAUGACGGAGAAACUGAAGCUUCUGUAUAAGCUCCACCUCCCUCCAGGUAAGGUCACCUGUGUGUCGACCAUCAGAUCUUUGUUUCGUUAAAUAAUAUCUUUACUAGUUUAGAGCCCAUAGGCUGACCAGAAGUUAUUUUGUUUGUUUGUUUGUUUGUUUGUAUGUUUUUGUCUGUUUGUUUUUAUUUGUUCUUUUUGUUUUUCUUUGCUUGUUUAUUUUUUUGUUUAUUUGUUUGUUUCUUUAUUUGUUUUUGUUUGUUUUUUAAUAUGUUUUUGUUUGUUUUUUUUCAUUUGUUUAUUUUAUUUGUUUGUUUUUGUUUGUUUGUUUUUGUUUGUUUGUAUUUUUCAUUUGUUUAUUUUUGUUUGUUUGUUUUUGUCUGUUUGUUUAUUUGUUUGUUUCUUUAUUUGUUUUUGUUUGUUUUUUAAUAUGUUUUUGUUUGUUUGUUUUCAUUUGUUUGUUUUUAUUUGUUUUUGUUUAUUUGUUUUUGUUUGUUUUCAUUUGUUUAUUUUUAUUUGUUUGUUUUUGUCUGUUUAUUUGUUUGUUUUUGUUUGUUUUCAUUUGUUUAUUUUUGUUUGUUUGUUUUUGUCUGUUUGUUUAUUUGUUUGUUUCUUUAUUUGUUUUUGUUUGUUUGUUUUCAUUUGUUUAUUUUUAUUUGUUUGUUUUUGUUUGUUUGUUUAUUUGUUUUUGUUUGUAUUUUUCAUAUGUUUAUUUUUGUUUGUUUGUUUGUUUUUGUCUGUUUGUUUAUUUGUUUUUGUUUAUUUGUUUGUUUUUGUUUGUUUGUUUGUUUUUUUGCAGCCCUGUGUCCGGAGGAGGCGGAGUCUGCUCUUGAAGCCACAAACUUCUUCACUGAGGAUGAUCGAGGUAAACACCUUCAUGAGUUCAGUUGAUACUCAGUCUGUUCUGCUCACCUGCUGACAGGUGAGCUUACUGUAAAGCUUGAGUGAGAGUGUAUUUCAGGUGUACUCCGUUUUGUUGGAAACCACCAGGUAGAUCCAGGUGAUGAAGGUAAAGAGCGUCUGUGUGUCUCUGAUGUUUCCUUUGUAUAGAAAUCUAUUCAAACACAUUUCUACUUUUCCUUUCAAACUGACGCUCUGCUUGACCUUGACUCUUCAUCUUUAACCUCUACCUUUUUACUUCUACAUGUUCUUCUUCUUCUUCUUCUUCUUCUUCUUCUUCUUCUUCUUUUUCUUCUUCUUCUUCUUCUUCUUCUUCUUCUUCUUCUUCUUCUUCUGUCGUGUUUCUUUCCAGAACCUUCCUUCGUGUCUAAUCCGGACUCUUCAGGGCAGCAGGAAGUGUCCCCAGGUUGGUCUCUCACUCUGUAAUCUGGUACCUGUGCUGUCCAACAUGGUACUUCUGUGGCUCCACCCACAGCAGUGAUGUCACAGUCGAGAACAUCUUUACCUAUUCACUGAGAGGCAACCUGUAUGGUCAUAAUGGAGAUGGUGAUGAAUGUGAGGUGUGACCGUGAUAAUGAUGGUGAUGAUGAUGACGAUGAUGGCAAUGGUCAUGAUGGUCAUGAUGGUCAUGAUAGUUAUGGUGAUGAUGGUGAUGAUGGUUAUGGUGGUGAUGGUGGUGAUGGCAACUGUCAUGAUGUAAAUGAUGGUGAUGAUGAUGGUUUUGGUGGUGAUAAUGAUGGUGAUGAUGAUGGUGAUGGUGGUGAUGAUGAUGGUGAUGGUGAUGGUGGUGAUGGUGAUGGUGAUAAUGAUGAUGGCAACUGUCAUGAUGUAAAUGAUGGUGAUGGUGAUGGUGGUGGUGGUGGUGAUGGUGAUGAUGAUGGUUUUGGUGGUGAUAAUGAUGGUGAUAAUGGUGAUGGUGAUGAUGAUGAUGAUGGUGAUGGUGAUGAUGAUGGUGGUGAUGGUGAUGAUGAUGGUUUUGGUGGUGAUAAUGAUGGUGAUAAUGGUGAUGGUGAUGAUGAUGAUGAUGGUGAUGGUGAUGAUGAUGGUGGUGAUGAUGGUGAUGAUGGUUUUGGUGGUGAUAAUGAUGGUGAUGAUGAUGGUGAUGGUGGUGAUGAUGGUGAUGGUGAUGGUGAUAACGAUGGUGAUGAUGAUGAUGAUGAUGAUGGUGAUGAUGGUUUGGUGGUGAUGAUGACGAUGAUGAUGAUUGUGAUGAUGGUGAUGGUGAUGGUGGUGAUGAUGAUGGUGAUGGUGGUGAUGAUGGUUUGGUGGUGAUGAUGACGAUGAUGAUGAUUGUGAUGAUGGUGAUGGUGAUGGUGGUGAUGAUGAUGGUGAUGGUGGUGAUGAUGAUGGUGAUGGUGAUGGUGGUGAUGAUGAUGGUGAUAAUGAUGAUGGCAACUGUCAUGAUGUAAAUGAUGGUGAUGGUGAUGGUGGUGGUGGUGAUGGUGAUGAUGAUGGUUUUGGUGGUGAUAAUGAUGGUGAUGAUGGUGAUGGUGAUGAUGAUGAUGAUGGUUAUGGUGAUGAUGAUGGUGGUGAUGAUGGUGAUGAUGGUUUUGGUGGUGGUGAUGGUGAUGAUGAUGGUUUUGGUGGUGAUAAUGAUGGUGAUGGUGAUGGUGAUGGUGGUGAUGAUGAUGGUGAUGGUGAUGGUGGUGAUGGUGAUGGUGAUGGUGGUGGUGGUGAUGAUGAUGGUGAUGGUGAUGGUGAUGGUGGUGAUGAUGAUGGUGAUGGUGAUGGUGGUGAUGGUGAUGGUGAUGGUGAUGGUGGUGAUGGUGAUGGUGAUGAUGAUGGUGGUGAUGGUGAUGGUGAUGAUGAUGGUUUUGGUGGUGGUGAUGGUGAUGAUGAUGGUUUUGGUGGUGAUAAUGAUGGUGAUGGUGAUGGUGAUGGUGAUGGUGAUGGUGGUGAUGGUGAUGGUGAUGGUGGUGAUGAUGAUGGUGAUGGUGAUGGUGAUGGUGGUGAUGAUGAUGGUGAUGGUGGUGAUGGUGAUGGUGAUGGUGAUGUGGUGAUGAUGAUGGUGAUGGUGAUGGUGGUGAUGGUGAUGGUGAUGGUGAUGGUGGUGAUGAUGAUGGUGAUAAUGAUGGUUUUGGUGGUGAUGGUGAUGGUGGUGAUGAUGAUGGUGAUGAUGAUGAUGAUGGUGAUGGUGGUGAUGAUGAUAUCGAUGAUGACAAUGAUGAUGAUGAUGGUAUUAAAAGAAAUGAUGAUGACUUUAAUGGUAAAGUGAUUCUGAUGGUGAUGAAGUCUAAGGUGAUGGUUAUGGCGUUGGUGAAGAAAGUCACUUUGAAUAUUGUUGAUUGUCAUGGCGGCGGUGAUGAUGAUGCUGAUGAUGGUGAUAAUAACGAUCAUAAUGAUGAUGAUGAUGAUGAUGAAGAUGGUUUCCUAUCUGUGUGCAGGUGAAGAGUUGAAGGAAGGAUGUGCAGACGGUGAGGAUAAGAAAGGUAAAUGCUCCGCCCACUUAUUUACCAGUGAAGUGACUCAGAGUCACACCUCUGACCUCUGACCUCUGACUGAUGUGUAGGUCCAGACGACCGAGUGAAGGACUACAGGUACUACCUGAGGAUGUGGGCCAAAGAGAAGGAACCAAAGACUGAGACCAUCAAAGACCUGCCCAGAAUGAACCAGGUAAGAACAACCUCAGGUCUCUGUCUCUCACCUGUCUCCUUCCUCCCUCACCUGUCCCCCUCUCUCUCACCCGUCCGUAGGAGCAGUUCAUCGACCUGUGUAAGACCCUCUAUAACAUGUUCAGUGAGGAGCCUCUGGAGCAGCAGCUCUAUCACGCCAUCGCCACGGUGGCGAGCCUGCUGCUGCGGAUUGGCGAGGUCGGAAAGAAGUUUAACAACGGCAGCAAGAGGACAGAGGAAGCCGUACAGGCCCCGCCCCCUGAGCCCCUCCCGGAGGAGGAGGGUGUGUCAGGUGACGCUCAGGUGUGCCGGGCUUUGGCGGAGGCUCAGCUGGAGCCCGCCGCUCUGCAGGGGUCCGACGAGGAGACGAAAGACGACACAUCCGUCUCGUCAUACUCGGUGGUGAGCUCCGGUUCGCUGCAGUGUGAGGACAUCGCCGACGACACUGUGCUGGUCGGGGGAGGUGAGCAGAGGCGGGGCAGCGUGCUGGAUGUAGAUUGGUCGAUUACCUUUGAGCAGGUGUUGGCCUCGCUGCUGACCGAGCCGCCGCUCGUCGACUACUUUGAGAGGAAAAGGGACAUUCAGAGCAAGAUCGCCGCCUGUAAGGCUCAGCGAGCUGUGGAGCGCCAGACAAGCUCCGCCUCCGACCACGAACUCGCUCAGCACUCCAUCUGACCCACCGUCACCUGACCUCCUGACUGGGCUUUACCUGUCCAGGUGUUCUGAGAGGGGACGGAGAGCUAACAGCUAGCUGGCUAACUGAUGAGCAGGUGAAGUACGGGAGCCCACGAGUCCCAAACAUGUUUCAUCGUUACGAACCGACUUUUAGUUUUGAGCUGAAAUGAUCAAAUUAAUCAUCUUCUGUUUGUUAUUGUGUCAUAAAAAGGGGAGGUUCCAGGUACGACAGGUGAUCAGGUGAUUUUAUUUUUAGAGAAUCAAAGUUUAUCGACUCUUAAAAACGACUGAAUAAAGGAAAUAUAAAUAGUAACGUGUUAACUGUGUUUCUGUACAGCUCCUAGUAACUGUAUAUUAAUCAUGAAGUAUUCGUACUCUCAGUCAGGUGGGGUCACACCUGUCGGCUUUUUAUCGUGACGUCACUGAAGCCUUCUUUGUUUCUUUGUUUGUUUGUUUGUCUCUGCUGCCUUUCUGAUGACAUCACCGCUGUUUACUUCCUGUUCAAACAAUGAUGUCAGAGGACGUCGACAUUGUUUUAUUUCUGUCGUCUGAAUUUAUCCAUGAAUCUGAUUUUUUAAUCUUUGUAUCGAUCAGUUAUUGAUCUGUUAUCUGUUGUCUAAUAAAAACAAAGGUGACGUUUCAUCUGUGCAGUAAUUUUAUUUUUCCAUGUUCAGUCGAGUUUGAACUCUGUGUGAAAUCAAAUUUGAUGGUUUGAAAACCAGUUAAUGAAACUCCAGAAUCUGGUCUCUGCUGGGUUCACUGAUGUUCAAAGAGAGCUGGUAAAAGCAGAGCUGAGGACACACAGGAGGAAACAUGCUAGCAGCAUAACCGAGAUCUGGUCCAGAUCUGCUCUACAAGCUUUAUCUAAAAGGGAAGUGUUGAUGUGAUACUCACAAAAGUGUUUUUGUAGAGUUAUUAUCAUUGUUUUAUCUCCUCCGAAGUCACUUUUUGGUUUAUUGCUAUGGUAUCCUCUUAUUUUAUUAUUUUAUCCUGCUAAAUGAGAACACGAAAGAGAAACACACAAUGAUUUGUAGUACCAGAAACAGACACAGGGUGGCAGCACUUACCGGCAGCGCCACUUGGACUCUCCACAGUGCAACGAGGAAGGAAAGCUCAUAAUCCGUUGGACUUGUGCUGCGUCAGAAUUGCCAAGUAGUAGUCGAAGUAGUAUGUAGCAUGUCCGAAUUGGCCACCGGAGCGAGUAGCAUGCUACUUUAGAUACUAGACACGCCCACAUUGUAGUAUGGUCGCGGUGCAUCCUACGGGCCAGAGCGGUGGAUUAAACAGAGUGGCGACAACUUCAGAUCUCGCCGCCAGAGCGGUCACGUGGUUCAUGUACCCCUCAAUAGUUCCAAGCGCAGCCUGCACUGUCCAUGCUCUACAACGGGGCAGACUGCAGUGAGCGCGCAUUUAAGAGGUAAAUAUUAAAAUUAACCGUAAAAAGUCAACAUUUGCAACUCUUAUUGGAUUACUGUGUACACGUCAAAGUCACGUACGUAUAUUUAGCGGCUGGAUGACAAAUAAAAGUGAAAUAAGACAAGUUUGGUAACACGUGUUACUUUUUAAUAAGAGAAAAUAAUACAAUAAAGUGGUAAGUAACAGGUGUUACAAGCUGUUUAAACAAUUGUGCAAUGUUUUGGUCUUGCAGCAUGGCCUGCAUAACAUUUUUCCAUGUUAAACAUACGCCUUACAUGCUGACAGGAUUUAAAAAGUAGCGGCCCCUUAACUCUAUCAUCCCAUAAGCAGAAAUCAAAUUACAUAGCACUUAUGUUAGUCUAAAAAGAAUAAACUGCAUAUAACAUCGGGAACUGAUAAAGGCUGAAAUCUAAAAUAAAGCCCAUAAGUAACCAUCUCAACAUAUGAUUGAUGAUGAUGAUUUAUCUGUGAUUCAAAACUCACACAAUACAUUUUGGCAGGCCUCUACAGCUGACGACGUCCAACUAGCAGGCCGUGGCUAAAAAAAUCGAUCCCAAUUCCUAACUAAAAAAACGUAAUUACAUUUGUAAUUACAAUUUGAGCAUACUAAAAUUAAAAUCAUUUUACAUAUAAAGGGGUCCCUCGAUACCAUUUACACACGUAUUGGCAUUACAUUCGUUGAUACAAUAUUUUACCUCGGGGAGUGUGGGGGCAAACCGUGGCUAAAAAAUCAAUCCCAAAUCCU